AUGCGUUCCGUAUUCGCUAUCGCCACCGUUGCCCUGAGCAUGGCGCUCCAGGUUACUGCUGCUCCUAUCGCAUGGGGUAGCGAAUUCGCAGCCUCGCAGAUAGAAAGGGACCUCUCAGGACUCAAGCGCAGCGCUGAUCCGGCUGCUGCCGAUUUGAGCGGAUUGAAGCGCUCGAGCACCGAUUUGUCCGGGUUGAAGCGUUCGAGUACAGACUUAUCAGGUCUGAAGGAACGGUCAAGCACAGACCUAUCUGGCCUCAAGCGGUGGAUCGUCGAGCUCGUUCAGCGAGCAUCCACUGACCUCAGCGGAUUGAAAAGAUCCAGCGCCGACCUCAGUGGGUUGAAGCGCUCGACCACCGACCUUUCUGGACUCAAGCGAUCAACUGUCGACCUCAGUGGAUUGAAGAGAGCAGCCACCGACCUCUCCGGGCUAAAGCGUUCGACCGCCGACCUUUCAGGACUCAAGAGAGACGCUGCCGACCUGUCAGGCCUGAAGCGAUCCACCACUGAUCUUUCCGGCCUCAAACGUUCCACGACAGACCUUUCGGGUUUGAAACGUUCCAGCACUGAUCUCUCCGGCUUGUAA